GGUCUGACUUCCCACUAUCAGCUUUUAUGUCUCUAGAUUACAAUUUGUCCUCACAAGUGAAGCAGUAUUUGAUCGGUGGCAAGGGACGUGCCUACAAGACAGUUCUGCUUGUGAUUGUUUUCCUCUUCAGUUCAGCAAAGAGCAACAGCAGGGGAGUGCAGAAGUAGCACUCUUGUCUCAAAGCAAAAAGGAACUUGCGGAAACAAAAGGACGGAGAUUGAUACACCUGUAAGAUAAAAGCCAACGAAAAGAAAUCGAAGAUCACAUCCUUCAUCUCUCAAGCACAAUGUCUCGCCCUGCACACAGAAGACCAGAAUACCAUAAAAUAAACAAAGAUCUCUUUGUCCUCACCUAUGGAGCUCUGGUUGCCCAACUCUGUAAAGAUUAUGAAAAAGAUGAAGAUGUGAAUAAAUAUUUAGAUAAAAUGGGAUAUGGCAUUGGAACACGGCUGGUGGAAGAUUUUUUGGCUCGAUCUUGUGUAAGAAGAUGCCACAGUUACUCAGAAAUUACAGACAUAAUUGCCCAGGUUGCCUUUAAGAUGUACCUGGGAAUUACACCAAGUGUGACCUGUAACAAUCCAAGCAGAACUGAAUUUUCCCUGAUCUUAGACAAGAAUCCUCUGGUGGAGUUUGUGGAAGAGCUCCCUGCCGGGCGAUCGUCUCUGUGCUACUGCAAUUUACUCUGUGGGAUUAUCAGAGGUGCCCUGGAAAUGGUUCAUUUGGCUGCUGAUGUUACAUUCUUGCAAGACACACUGAAAGGCGACCGUGUGACAGAAAUAGGAAUAACAUUUCUGAAAAAGCUAGAUGAGAAAAAAUACAGACGGAAAAAAUGAAGAAUUGCAUGCAAAACGCCACAGGGUGGCCAUUUGAGGAGUUAAUAUUAUCUAAACAUAUAUAGCCAUAGAAAUUUUGAAUUGUUUAAUAAUAGCAUGGGAUUUAAAAGGCUUCUAUAUCCACCAGAAAUUUGAAGUGCAGGGCACUAGGAGUUAAAGCUGUUUUCUUUCUUUGUUUAUAAAUCACACAUUUUUAAUCUUAUGUCCAUAAGAUUACAUCUACAAAUAACUCUUCGUAAGAUGGGAUACAUGAAUUUCACAUAUCAUAUAGUUUGUCCUAACAGAGUCUAUUGAUUUCAUUUACUUAUGGCAAUGAAAAAAAAUCACAACCAGCUACUCAGUUAGUAUAUUUACCCAUUCUCAUUGGAAAAAUAGAUGAAAUAAUACAAUAUAGAGUUCACUAUAUAGAGAUAAUUUCUAGAUACUGUAUAGAAACAGUGCCAUUUAUAAUACCUUUCCAUCUUUUUGAGAAACUAUGAAUACGAUUUCUCUCAUAUAUUGGCUUCGUUAAUCACUUUAGCCUCCCAAAGUUGCUCUCUCCUGAUUUAUAAAUACCAAGGCAAGCUGUUUAUUUGGAUGUUAAUUUUAAAAUAUUUUUAAAUAGCAUUUAAUUUUAAUUAAUUUAAUUUUUAUAUAGUAUUAACCACAUUUCUUCCUUUUCUCAUGAAAUAUUGCUGAUGGUCAAGCCAGAAAAUCUCUAAAAUGAGAGGUCAAUAAUGUUUUUUUCAAAGUACUUUCUUACCCCAAAGCUUAUUAAGUGAGAAAUUUUGCUGUCAUUUUUAUCCCCUAAACACCUUACAAAGCAUAUUUUGUGCCCAGAACAUAUUUAAAAUUCAAAAUGUACUGGAUUAAAUACACAAUAAUCGUUACCAGACCAUCAG